AUGUCCAGCAACAGCGGAAAUCAAGGCUCAAACCCAUUCAACAACCUCUCCGACCAAUUCAACAAAGCCACCGGCAACGCCAAAGACACCAUCAACAAUGCCACCGGUAAUCUCGGCGACAAGGCGAACAACGCUACCUCUGGCGGACAGAACGUGUCAGACAAGUUUGGCAAUGCGACGGGGAACUUGAGACAGCAGGCUAGGGACUUUAUUGGGAACAUCACUGGUGGUGGGGGCAAAUAA